AUGAAGAAGGGUGGAGGCAGCCAGGGAACCAAGAUACGCACGCGCAAUGUAGAGACCAAACACGAAACAACCUACUACAGUUUACCAAUGGGUGCAGACCUUGAAGACCGAAGCGGAAAGGACGCAGAAGAUAUUCUUCAACCAACAAGCAGCAGUGUCGUGGGUAGUCAAAAUGAUUAUGCCAUCUGACCUACGCACUCGGAAACGACGGCGUACAAAUGACCGUGUGCGCGAAAGGAUUUAGCGUGAGGUCCAAGCAACUACGGUCAAGUUUUUAUCCGUGGGUAAGGUGGAUGGUGACGCCAAAGCGCAAAGGGAAUUGGACCCUCUUCGCGGAUACUCC